AUGAUGUUGAGGGUGACUCUUCUGCUGAUGGCGGUGACUGCCGCCCUGGCUCGCAUGAAUGUGCUGUUUUUGGUGUCAGAUGACAUGAGACCUGAACUCUCCAUUUUUAAAGGAAAAGACUUCCCGAGUCCUGUCCAUCCUCCGAUACAUUCACCCAACCUUGACGCCCUGGCACGAAGGAGUCUUCUGUUAAAGAGAGCCCAUGUUCAGCAGGCUGUGUGUUCCCCGAGCAGAUCAUCUCUCCUCACAGGACGAAGACCGGAUACUACCCAUGUGUAUGAUUUGCAAGCUUAUUGGAGAGUUGUGGGAGGGAACUUCACCACCAUCCCUCAGUACUUUAAGGAGAACGGCUACAGAACCAUUGGUUCCGGUAAGAUAUUUCACCCCGGACAUGCCUCCAAUUACAACGACCCCAUAUCCUGGACAGACCCAUAUUUUGAAGCAGGGGGACCGGCAAACGAUUUUGUAUACAAGGAACAUGUGAGCUGGAUGAAUGUGCCAAUGGAUCUUCUAAAGAACAACUCCCUUCAAGACACCCAGAAUGCUGACUUUGCCAUUAAAAUGAUCAGAGAGGCUGCUCCCCAAGCCAGAUCUGGAGAACGUCCUUUCUUCAUUGCACAAGGUUUCCAUAAGCCCCAUCUUCCCUUUGUGGCAACAAUGAGGUUCUUUGACAUGUACCCCGAGUCGUCUAUCAGUCUCCCAGCCAACCCAUACGCUCCUGAUAAGAUGCCAGAAAUAUGCAUGGUCUAAUUACAAUAUGACAGAGCUUGGAAGAUACGUUGACAUUGCAAACUUAAAUGCUUCUGGAGACAUUAACUCCACACUCCCUAACGAUGUUAUCCUCAAAUUGAGGAGAGCCUACUACAGCGCCCUCAGCUACACCGACUACGAGCUGGGACGAGUGGUCAAGGAACUGGAGAACCAAGGACUGGCCAACAACACAAUCAUCUCCUUCUGGGGCGAUCACGGCUGGCAGCUUGGUGAACACGGUGAGUGGUGCAAACACACUGACUUUGAAAUCGCCACCCACGCCCCUAUGAUGGUACAUGUGCCGGGUCUCACUGACAACGGUAUCAUGACGGAAGAACUCACCGAGUUUGUGGAUAUGUUUCCUACUCUAGUAGAAGCUGCAGGUCUUCCUGCUCUUGACCUGUGUCCAGAAAACUCUACCAAUGUCCUUCUUUGCACCGAAGGCAAUAGUUUGAUACCUCUAAUAACAAACCCAGCAAGUCCCAACUGGAAGAAGGCUGUGUUCUCCCAGUACCCUAGGAAUGAAAGCAACGGUGAUCAAAUGGGCUACAGCAUGACCACCGAUCACUACAGAUACACAGAGUGGGUCAAAUUCAACUCACAACCCCUGUACAGGCCAGACUGGACCCAAGUGUUCGGUGUGGAGCUGUAUGACCAUUAUCAGGAUCCUGAGGAAAACAAGAACCUGGCGUAUGAUUCCGCCUACAGCGCCUUGGUGGCUCAACUCAGCAAACAGCUACAUGCUGGCUGGAGGGCAGCUAGACCGAAGUAGGAAGGACAACAAGGGGUGGAAGAUAUGUCCACCAAUGUUGCAAUCAGAGGACCUGUGUAAUAAAUCAAUUUUUUUUUGUUUAACGCCGCAAUCGGCAAUAUUAAAUCUAUCCAAACAAGGCAGUUUUAUAUCAUUUUAUAUGCACAUACUUCUUUAUGCAAUCUGUGUAAGUGGUAGGUGCAACCGGUAGGUCAGUACAUGCUUACCCUUUUCGCGAACACCUGAUGUUAUCACUAAUUUUAGUGGUCAAUUCAUAUAAUUUCCACUGCUGUUUUGCCUCUUAUCCCCAGUGGAAUCCAUUUCUUCGAAUAAUCGAGACUGGCUAUUCUCUGUCAUUGACGUUUUAUAUAAUUAUAUAAUAAUUAACUAAUUUGGAAUAUGGAGUCUCAGUGAAAUGAAAUGUCACGAUAGUCUGAUGGUGUUGGAGUAAGAUUUCAAUGCCCGUCAGCAGAUUGCGUCCUUCAGAUGAACCAGAAUCUACGUUUAUAGGAUCAAAUCUGUUAUCAGUGCAAUAAACAUGCUCAUUGGAUUCACCAUUCUGAAAACG